AUGGGAAUCAAAAUCCUCUCUAAACUUAUUGCACUUGCAUCCCUAUCCGGCCUCACAUCCGCCUGGUUGCCCGAGACCGACAAACAAAUCUCCUCAAUCAAUGGCAAAAACCUAUUCUCCACCUCCAACGGCAAGGUUCGUGGAGCAAAUCUUGGAAAUCUCUUUGUGUUUGAACCUUGGAUUGCGGAAGAUAUCUGGUCCGAUAUGGGUUGCAAAGGCCAAGAGUCCGAGUUCGACUGCGUCUCAAGUAUCGGCCAGGAGGCGGCCAACAACGCCUUUGAGAAGCACUGGGGAUCGUGGAUUACCCAGGAAGACAUCCAUGAGAUACAGAGCUAUGGUCUCAACACUAUACGGGUGCCUGUUGGGUACUGGAUGAAGGAAGACCUUGUCUCCGCCACCGAGCAUUUCCCGCAGGGUGGGUUUGAUUAUCUUGAAAAGCUUUGUGGAUGGGCUAGUGAUGCAGGUCUGUACAUUAUUAUUGAUCUGCAUGGCCUUCCUGGAGCGCAGACACCCAAUAAUUCUUUUACUGGCCAAUAUAUUGCAAACGCCAGCUUUUACCAGGACUACCAAUACGAUCGAGCAGUGGACUUCCUUGGAUGGAUGACUACGAAGAUACACCAGAGCGACAAGUUCCGCAACGUGGGAAUGCUUGAAAUUGUCAAUGAGCCAGUCCAGGAAGCGGAUAAAGCCAAUUCAAUGCGCUCAAUUUACUACCCGGAAGCAUUUAAGAUGAUCCGCACUACUGAAAAGAAUCUCAACAUCGAGAAAAGCGACUACCUCCAUAUACAAGUGAUGGACAAAGCAUGGGGAUCCGGUGACCCCACUGAAUUUAUCGACGACCUCUACUAUACAGCCUACGAUGGCCACAUCUAUCUCAAAUGGGCCGGCAUCAAGACCAAGGACGCUUACAUCAACACAUCCUGCAGCGAUUUACUGGACAACCUAUCACCCACCAUUGUUGGUGAAUGGAGUCUGAGUGUCGCCGACGAAACUGGGUGGGAUUCGGACUGGAAUCCUGCAUCGAACACCGACUUUUACAAGCGGUGGUUUGCAGCCCAGGCUACAACAUACGAGAAACGUUUAGGGUGGAUAUUUUGGACCUGGAAGGCUGAGCUAGGGGAUUAUCGGUGGUCAUAUAAAGAUGCGGUUACCGCUGGUGUGAUUCCAACCAACUUGAACUCGGUGUUUGACCUGAAAGUUUGUGCAUAG